AUGGAUGUCGCAAGUAUCGCAGAUGUACUGGCCAAAAACGUUCCGUUUUUUGCAGAUUCGCCAGGUGAGUUGCAUUUGACACCCAGCCACGAAACAGAGUGGCAUCAAGUUUAUUUCGCCGAUGAUGGGCGGCGCAAGGUUGUGGUCAGCAUCCCAUCUUGGUCCGGGACAGAUCUGUACAGCAAAACUCUCGCGGAAGAAGCUUUGUCUGGUUUGGGUCCGCGCCAUAUCGGCACUCUGGUCCACGGAAGCCAUAUCUUGUUGGUGAACGAAUUCUUCGACGGCGGCACAUUAAAAACAGAGGACCUGACCAGUGAUACCCUGGCAAUGGUUGGAUCGUUGUACGCACGGCUGCACAAAGCUGACGUUGCAUGGUUCCAGCCUGUUUGUGAGAAAUUGUUUGCAGACGGAGUAAUCGCCAAACAUGAAAGCGAUUGGGCGUUCUGCUUGUGGGUUCUUCCGCGUUUGCUUGGUCUGGUGCCCGAAAGGAACAAGUUAGAGUUCGCUGCGCUAGGCGUGAAUUGGGACUACAUCGCUACCGAAGUCAAGUCUUUGCCCGUUUGUCCGGAACUUCCAACAAAGGGCUUAACGUCCCGCAGUGUGUGCGUUCACGGCGAUGCGCAUCUGGGAAAUAUCAUGUGGCACCAGGGCCGGUUGCGGCUCAUUGACUUUGACAUGACUGCAGUGGGACCUGCUGGUGCCGACCUGGCUUACAUUGUUCUCAUGCUGUUUCGCUGCGGUUUCAGUGCUGACGCAGUCCUCGACGUUGGUUCGCAGCAGCAGUUUGUCCGUGCCUACUUGGAAGAGUCCGGGUCUAGUUCGACAGCCGAAGAAAUCGAUACUUUCCUCCUGCAGAUGCACUGCUGGGCAUACGUUGGCCUCUUGCAAAUGGGCUUGCUAUGCGCUGUUCUGAUGCACAAUGAGGGCAACGCAGCGAAAAGAGACCUCAUGAGACGGCGGGGGCCGGUUCUGCUGCAUCCCGGUUUUUUAGCGAAGGCGAAGGAAGUCAUGCGUGGAGCGGUUUCAGACAAGGACAAGGCUGGCCAGCUGGUGGCACAAGGCUUGUACUUCGCCACCGAGUCAGUUUGGCGUUCAUAA